CUGUAUGCCUUUACACAUUCAGGUUAAUUGUGAUCGGAUAUUAGACAGACAGAAGUCCUAGUCUUUACUGCUGCUGAGGGAUUCCUGGUUUUAUAUUUGAGACAGUUUGAUGAGCUGGGUUCAUGGACCCCCAACAGUCUGCCCUCCCACUGCAGCUGCGUGGCAACAGUUUUGCUAUGAGCUCUGGACAAGUGCCAAAACUGAAUGCGGGAUGCAAUGAAGGAGGAGGAGGAGGAGGAGGAGGAGGUGGUGGAGGCCAAGAAGCAGAACUUAAUCAGCAAAACAUGACCUCCUCUGCUCAUGUCAGUUCCAGGUUGAACCCAGGUGAACAGUUUCAGAGCCCACUGGAGCCUCUGGUUCACUGCCAUGCCAAGGGCAAGCUGGACAUCAAGAGCAGGAGCUGCAGUCUACUCACCAUCUGCCGCUCAGGAGUAAUGUUUCCCUGGAUGAAUCCACGGACCACUGACUCUGAACAAUCUGGGAGGCUCGGCGUCAGGAGAGAAAGGACGACCUUUACCAACAGCCAGCUGCUGGAGCUGGAGAAGGAGUUCCACUACAGCCCUUACUUGUGUCGACCCCGGAGGCUGGAAAUGGCCGCCGGGCUGCGGCUCACCGACCGCCAGGUAAAGAUCUGGUUCCAGAACCGCCGGAUGAGGUACAAGAAGGAGCACAGGAACGCGAAGGCGGCGGGUUCGUCCCAGUCGUCUCCCUGUGAGGACCUCCUGAGGUUCCCAUGCGCUGUCAGAACUUCCUGCUCCUCCUCCUCCUCAGAGCUGCACUUCAUGGAUUACGCUCCCAUGUCCUCCUCUCUGUUUGAUGGUCAGUGUGUUCACCCCGCAGACCUGCCCCAUCUGAGCUGCGUGCUUCCAUCUGUUGCAAAUGGCCCGCCGCCCUCCUGUACAGGCACAGAUAGUCAUCACCAUGCUGGCAUUUCAAAGUGGCCCUAGGGCCCCGUAAUGGCCAUCCCUCCUGUGCUCAUCAAAAUCUCAAUGAUACAUCCACUUUCACUGACUUAUGAAAGACUGGAGGAUGUCUGAUUAGCAUCCCUGUGCUGAAACCCCCCUGAACACACCCGUUCACCAUUCAUGAAACAUUUUAAUUAAACUAUGUGAACAUGUCUUAAUUAAAGGAGAGCUACAGUGAUAUCAUUUAUGUUUCUCAGGCUCGGUAACUGAAGGCUGCAGGUCUUCAUAUUGUACAGCAUGCACAAGACAUUCGAGCAAUUAAUGAUUACACGUUGUUUUGCAGUAAUUUCGUGGCUGUUUCGCAUUCGUCUUGUCGUUGCAUGUUUAAUGCAUGUGAGAGUUGUACUUUGAGUGAGUUUUUCUAUUUCCCUCUUUUGGCAGAUAAUAGCUAAGUGGUUGUAUUUUCUAAGUGUCACACUAGGCCUCUUUUUUUCCAUCAUGCAGGUCAUUUGUGUAAAAUGGUUUGAACUGUGAAAUGAGCAGAGUAAUGUUCACAUUGAAUGAUGUUAUAUUUUUGUUAAAGCCAUUAAAGGACGCGGCAAAAGU